AUGGCGAGUUGUGCGAAAACCCUGAAGCGGGUGACGCAGGAGCUGGGCAGGAACAAUCCGGCCAUCAUCUAUGACAAUGUCAAUGUCGAUGCAGUCAUUCCAAAGAUCAGGAUCCUCUCCUUCCUCUGCUCGGGCCAGAUCUGCAUGAUGGUCAAGCGGCUGUACGUCCACGAGGAGAUCUACGACAAGUUUGGGGAGAAACUCAUGGCCUUUAUAGAGUUGCUCAAAGUCAGCAACAGCACUGAGGCCGACGUCUUUUUCGGCCCUGUGCAGAUCAGCAUGUAG